AUGGUCAACCCUGCUUUCGUGCUUCUGCCUCUUUAUGUGUAUCCGUAUAACGAGACGUCUUGGAGUAACAUCACGGCAUCGAUCAUCGCACAUCCAAACCUGAACUUCCAGGUUAUUGUUGCGCCGAACCUGGCAAACGUCUUUCCGGACAAGAACUACGAAGUUGCUCUCGAUGGGUUGAACAGUUUCCCGAAUGUCGUCACCCUGGGAUAUGUUCCUAUAAACUGGAUCCACCGAGAUCUCGAGAUGGUACUCGCAGAUAUCAGUUGCUAUGCAGCUUGGCCGACACAUACCAACCCGAACAUUGCCGUUCAAGGCAUAUUCUUCGACGAGACGACUUCAGCUUUGACUGAAGAGACGUGGGCGUAUAUGAGCAACAUAACGACUUUCGCAAAAGAAGCUCUCGGGCCUGGCAAACAACAUAUCUCGUUCAAUCCCGGCGUAGCUGUUGAUAGAGCUUUCUACGAUUUGGCCGAUACGGUCAAUGUUUUCGAGAAUGAAUGGGCGGCGUUCAAUAUGUCGGUCUUGACCUCAACACCGAUGGAUCUGCAUGCAAGAUCCACGUACCUCAUACAUGACUUCCCUGGCGACAAAUCACUUCAAGCUGAAGUGAUACAUGACCUUGCAGAUGCAAACGUAGGCGGGAUGCUGCUUACGACACAGCCGAGCUACACAGAGCUAUCCGAGAUGUGGGCUGAAUUUUGCGAAGAGUUGGCUGAUAAUGUUGGUGGUAGUCUUCCGCCAGAGUUGUUGCCGAUUGACUCAGCCAGUCCCUCCACCAUAGCUGUCCAGAUGUCGGAGUGA